ACGCUCCCAGACACUACAAAAUCUUCAACACUCCUCUUAGACAGCCGUCCACCAUCGUCCUUCUCCGUCGUCAGCCGCUGUCCUUUGACGUCGAAGUCGCCACUCUUCUCCUGUUGACGUCAUCUUCUCCUUCAGCAAGAUGAGUGAACAAUCUCCUCGUUCCCACUCUUCCCCUAGCGGUGGUGGCUCAAAUUCACGACGGCCCUCAAGUGCGAACCUUGAUAUCAAUGAUGAUGUCAAUGAUGAUGGCGGACACGCCCAAACACCUCUAUUACAACAAUCUAAUGCCGGUGGAAGCACCUCGCAUGUACGUGGAGGUUCAUCAACCUCCCGUGCAGGUCCAUCUCGCCCUGCAUUUGCCCCCCAAACUGAAGCCGAACGCAACAAUGACGCUGCGUUUUGGGUGACACCUCAAUCGAUCCAUAGCGAUAAUGAGGUGUUGAAAAGAAUCAAGAUAAUAGUUGGUGGGCAUUUCACGGGCGAUUGGGCGACUUACAUGGAGGUUCCGGCGGCCACCCGUGAACUUUGGUGGUCGUUGUUCAAGUCCCAACAUCGAUGGAAUCAAUCGCAAAAUGAGGCUAUUCUCAAAGCAUAUAAUUCCAGAAUCUCAGCAUGGAUGAGACCCACUUUUAGGAACGCCCGAACUAGAGGUAAAAAGCCCGGAUUCCUUUCCGAUGAUGUUUGGGAGAACCUUGUUCGUCAUUGGUCUACGGAUCCCAUAUUUUUGAAGAGAAGCCAAGCCGGGAAGGAAAACCGGAAUUCUGAGAAAGCCAAGGAGUUACAAUGGCGCGGGGGCCGCAAACCCCAUGAUCAACAUAAAAAAGAUCUGGAAGGGUCGGGACCUGUGAAAAUGAAGGUCACAAAAUGGGCCCUAAUCAAACAUUGUUGGACGAAGGGUGAUGAGUCGCUGCCACCUCGCAUCUCUGAAAUUGAAAAGAAGUAUGAAAAAGAGAUAGAGAAGAAACGGGCCGAGCUAAGUAGCUCGGAUGACGAACUCGAUGAGCGUCAAGAUGAUGAGGCCAUUUUGGCAGCUGUUGGUGUUUACAAGGGCCGGGUUCCGUGCUUGGGUGCUGAAGGUGUACGGAUUUUGCACAACUCCAAAGGAGCUAGUUCAUCUUCUCGACCGGUGGAUGAUGAACGGGUUGCCCGCCUGGAGAAAAAAUUGGCGAAAGGACGGGAAGAGGGCCGGAGAAUAAGGGAGAGGUUGGAAGAGAUGGAACGCCAAAUGGAUCGAUUCAACACCACAUAUCGGCCUCCCAUGCAUAUAAUGCACCUUGAGAUGACCCCUCAAAUUCCCUUCAUGGGCGGUAUGGGUGGCAGUAUGGGUUUCCCUAGUUAUAACCAGUUGCCCGGCCCCUUUUCAUAUGGAUAUUAUUAUCAACCAUUUCAGACACGUGGAGGUCAAGGCGACCGAGGAGGCAACAGAGGACGCAGACGAGAAGACAGUCGUGGUGGCAGGCGACCCGAAGAGCCCGAAGAGCCCGAAGAGCCCGAUGAUAAUGAUGAUUCUUGACUGAUUUUGAUGACUAUACAAACUUGUAAUAAUUAGUUUAUUUUAAAUUUGAAUUUUUAUUAAAUUAUUGUGAUUGUAUGAAUUGUUUUUUCUAUUUAAUUAUUAUAUAAUGUUUAUUCA